UGGGGCUGGGGGCCCUGAUUGCUCCUGACCACAGCUGGGAAGUCCCAGCUGUUGGCCACUCGCUCUGGCUGCUCCGGAGGGCCCACGGCCUGGGCCCUGCUCUGAAGGCCCAGCCCGGCCGGCUGCUCCGCCCUGGCCUCGUUCCGCUUGGGGCUCAGGGUCUACUCACUCGGCAGGUACGUCCGCGCAGCUCUGCUGCUGCCAAGAUGCCAUCACCGCGGACAGUGACCUCUGGGCCGGAGCUGCACAGCCCCAAGGAGCCUGCGGAGCCGCAGCUCCCAGCUGAGGGCCCUCUGCGGGCAAACAGAGGGGAUGCAGCCAGCGUGUAUCAUGAGGACUCCAGGCCGGGCCUGGGCACCCUUCGGCGGGCCUUCUCCCGGGCGAGCCAGCGGGCCUCGGGCCGGGCCCCCGAGGACCCAGGCCUGCUCAGGCGCAGUUCCCGCUUCCUGUUCCGCUCUCUGCGGCGCACUCUGGACAAUGGCCCGGCUGCUGUGCCAGGAGCAACCAAUGGCCAGGAGGUGCCCUCCAGGGCCUUGGACCAUGUCAGCCGGCCGACAUCCACAGGGGCGGGGCCGGAGGAACUGGAAGGCAAAUCUGUGGCUGACCUCAUCACUGAACGGCAGCUGCUGGCAGCCUUCGAACAGCUGCGGCACCUGGAGACUCGGCUAGUGGCCGAGAAAGCCUCGCGCACCUUCGAGCAGGACCCCACGGGCUUCGCACGACGUGCCAUGGACGUGUGCCUGCACUACGAUGCCCUGGCCUCGGAGAUUGAUGCCAUCGUGAACGAGACCCUGGGCCCGGACGGCGUGGACGCGGCCGCCCUCGCCGAGCUGGCCGGCGUGGUGCGCGCGGAAGAGGAGGCCCACCCGGCCCCUGAAGACGGCGACUUCCUGCGCACGCCGCGCCACUGGCGCCAGCACUGGGAGGACGCAGUGCGGCGGAGCGCGCAGGAGCGCGUGCGGUCAGCGGGCCCCGGAGAGGCCCCAGGGGCAGCCGAGGGCGGAUCGGCCUUGGCCCAGGUUCUGACCGAGCUCGGCAGCUUGGUUCGCCGCGACCUGCAGAAGGUGCAGCUGGAGGUGCAUCCCGUUUAUGCGGCCGCCGGCUUCCCGGCGUGGGAGACCUACCUGCGCGCCUUCCACGGCGCGGUGGCCCAGCGCCUUCAGGAGCUCGCGCACAACGCCCGCGGCUGCGAGCAGCUGUACGUGCUGCUGGACUGGGCGGCCAAUGUCUACGGCAGUCCUGAUUUCCUGGGGGCUCAGAACCUGGCUCUGUCCUCAGAGCCGUUGCCCCCGCUCCUGGCACCCGACGUGUGGGCCCGACUGGAGAGCGAAUACACCAACUUCCUGGAGACCAAGAUCGCGAGCUGCUUCGACGGCAUCCUGCAGCUAGAGCAGAGUCGCUGGGCGGAUGCGGAGGCCCCUGACGUGCUGCAGGGCCGCUACCAUACUCCGCUGUCCUUCGACGUCCACAUGCUCGUGGCAGAGCACGUGAAGGCAGCCGGCGCCAUCUCCAAGGAGCUGGAGGCCACCACCUUGCAGAUUUGUGCCCGGGCGCUUGGCCUCUUCCUGCCCAGGUUUGAAAAGGCUUUUCUGGAGUCGAAGGCAGUGAACGAGCCUCACCUGGGCGCCAACAUCAACGCCUGCGAGGAGCUCAGGACCGGACUUCUGGCCAGGUUCCCAGGAAGCUUCAAAGAGCUGGAGAAGCCCCUGGUGGCUGCCACCUGCGACUUUCAGAAUCGGCUGCUCCGGGGCUUGCAGGGUGAUGUCCAGCCACUCUUCAGGGUCCUGUGCACCAAGGCCUGGCUGACACAGGAUGUGCUGCAGCCCCUCAUGGACAAGGUGGUGGCUUUCGCAGGCCACCUGGAGCGCGUGGCCUCGCCCUGGGCGCAGGAGACGCUGCAGGAGGUGCACCGUUAUGUGGUCCGGGAGUACCUGGCCCACGUGCUGGGGCGGCGCGAGCGAUUCCGAGGUGUCGAGCGACUGACUGGCUCCCAGAAGAUGGGCCAGGACGCGCAGGCCAUUGGCAACACCUUCCAGGGCUUGGGCUCUGAAGCCACGUGGCUGGGACAAGCGAUCCCCUGCGUGGCUGACAUCCUGGGCGAGACGUACAAAGACGACAUCCAGCGGCACCUGGAGACACUCAUCCGGAGCUACCCCGACAUCAGGCGGGACCACGUGCUGGCCAUCCUAUCGCUGCGCCGCCUGGGCCGCCGUCGGAACCAGCGCCUCUUGCAGCACGCCCAGGAACUGCUGAGGGCUGUGGUCAAGGCAGGGGGCCCCCGGGCUGCGGGGGGCCACGUGCUCUUUGAGGAGAUCGAGGUGCCCACCUCCGUGGACGUGCUGAUCACCUGCAUCUAGGGCUCCUGGGCCUGAAACGGGGGGCCGACCCCAGUGGGGCGCUGCCGCAGGUGGAGCCCAGGAGGCGCUUCAGCCCUGCCCCCAGCCCUGAAGUCCCGGAAUUUCCAUCUGCGGUCGGUCGGUCGGUUGGUUGGUCAUGCACGGCUGCUUGGCCAGGAGGAGCAGCAGCAAGAGAGGCAUUUCAGGCAUUUGUGGGGGAGCGUUUGGGGGGCGGCAGCAGCUCCCUUCAGGGCCGUCCGCCAGGGGAAGGCCUCUCUGCCUAACCUUCCAGCACCACCCUCGUCUGAAAGUGAAGAAAAGAGUAUUUAUUUUUAAAAUAAACAUGAAUUAAAAAUGGUGUCUCCCUAA